AUGCUCGGCGCACAUACGGUUCCUAUUAACUUUCACGACUAUGAUGUUCCCUUAACCGUCAAAACACCCGGUCGCGCCUUGCAUAAGAAUCGACGGGAGAACGCUCACACAGUUGGCGCGUCGCACCGGAAGAAGGUGCACAUCGGAACACCCUUUACGGGAAAGGCGAAGGGAAAGACCCUUGGGCUGGGUAGAGGGCCGCAGACGGAUUCAAAAACACAGUAUCUUCUCACACUCGACGAUAAGGCCCCUGGCGGAUCCAAGCAGUCCAUACUUAAACCAAAAACUGAGAUAAUCCAGACUAUCGCGAGACCACUUGGGGACAAAACGCCUGCUCCCAAUCGUGCGGCACAGCUUUUGAGUACCGAAACUAAUGGCGGAAAGCUCGGUAAACUGGACCUAGACCCUGCUCUGCCUGCUGAGACUCCGGCACCUGCGCCGACGCCUUUUAUCCGACCUUCGUCCACGCGCAAGUCGACACGCGCGCGACGGUCCAGCUCGCUGAGUAUCGGCGGGCUGCAGCAGAAAUUGGGCCUUGGACCAGGGGCUUUCCAGACGCCGAAGACGAAUGGAUGCCCUUGGGAUGUGUCGGAGAUGGAUAUUCAAGUACCGGAGACGAUGGAGGAAGGCGUGGAGGCAGCGGAGGAAUCGGAAGACGAUAGCGAGAUUGAGUAUAUGCCACCUAGGGCUGAAGAACAACCGUACGAGCCGCCUUUUCCUAUGCCUGACUACAAACAGCUUGGAAAUAUGCUGCGGACUCUUGCGUAUACGCCUAAGGUCUAUGAUGAGCCUGUCAUCAACUGGAAGGGCAAGUGCUUCCAACCUUCAUUACCUGCCCGUCAAAUAAUCAGCAUCUUUCGUACUGCAGGCGAGAUGACCGAAGAGGAAGAGCAAGCUCUACUUAGGGAUAGCGGCUUCACGGGCGUCAUAGAAACGCUCUCUGGACCUCCCGAUGAUCGGCCCAUUGUCCUCCUCGACCUGGAUCCUCCCGUGAAGUCAGCCCCACCGGCGCCUGCAGCAACGGGCGAUGCCAAACAGACUUCUGGGCCUAUUCGUGGAGGGCCUUCAAACACCGUUCGUUCAAACGCGAUGAGGCCUGCUUCUCGCCCGAUAGCAUCUGCGCGCUUGGCUAUAACCAGCAAGCCCACGACCGCACCUCGACCCAAAUCAACUUCUACUUCGAACAACGCUCCAGCGGAUUCCAGCCGGGGUAUCGCGAAGCCGUCAACCGUCACCCGACCACUAGCAUCGACUGCUUCCAGCCGCUCAUUGACGUCCGUUUCGGCAGCGAUCGCUGCUCCUGCUCCAGGGAUCGGGCGCGCUACAUCUGCAAUGGAUAAUCAUCGCAAGCCUACUGGUGCAGGGACCGUAGGUACGAGGACGAUGCAGGGGUCUAGCGGCAUUCGGCCUGCGACAUCUUUCAGUUCAAGACCUGCUCCCAUCGGCAGCUUAAGGAAUACGGGGUCCAUGUCGCGUACCGGUAUUCCCGCACGCUCAGCGGCCAGCGGAGCAAAUCCAAAGGCUGCCACGGUGUUGACGAAACCUAGCACACGGCAGCCUGGCAACCUUGAUGACGAGUGGAAACUGGACACGGAUGAGCAGUUCGAUGAAUUUCUGUUCGACGUUUGAAUUCAUUAUUAUAUGCAGUUUCGCUCUGCUCACAGCUAUCUCACCUCGUAUGCGUAC